ACACAUAGAAGAGUUAGAACUUUUGAAGCAUACAGAGUAAAAUGAACUCCACUAUUGUGUGUAAAAAUAUUCAUAUAUUUAGUUUCGCCGUCCGUUUCCCGUCCCACCAUUUUCUUACACGGAAAGGAUGGGAAUGAAAAGGAUUUGACGGUGACGAAGACGCAUAGUCAGGGGAAAUAUCCUCUUUGUAUGCCUCUCCUUCUACGUUGAUUAAAGGUUGGCAACGCAUUUACAAUUGCGGAUGUAUAUGGGCAACGAUCGCUUCGCUUUCUCGGCGAAAUCAGGUGGCCGCUCGCUCGUUUGCCAUCACAUGAUAUAAAAGAAAUCAUUAGUUAUAGAGAGGAUUUAUAACUUUAAAUGGUUUACGAAAAAGGAAACAGUGCUGUUGAAAUGAAAUUUUUAUUUUUCGUCCAAAUCAAUGGACAUCUUCAUUUAGAUUGGGAGGUACGAAAUCCGGCGCUAAAUCAAAGUUUAUACGAAGACGUGUUGGAUUCUGUAGAAUGUCAGAAACAAAUUGGUCUGUUGCAGAAUAAUACAUUCCUUCUAAGUUUAUUUUUAGAUGCAGGAAUAAGGAUACCAAGAGGCUUACUGGCUGGUAAUACUAUAGAUUUAGGCAAUUACCAUCAGUGUUUAGAAAUCAAUCAAACGGUUCAAAAUACUGAUAUCGAAGGAAAGUAUUGCAUGAUUAGAGUUCCUUUGAAUCAAGAAUUACCAUUGCAAGCGAUUUCUUCAAGUUCACACUUCGAUCCAUUUUCUUUGCAUUUAGAUGAAAAUAUAAUAACGAAGAUAAAAGAUUAUGAAUUAUCAAGAGCAGGCUUAAAGGCUUUAUUCGGUGCAGAUCUCAAUGAAAUCAGAUCGGGACCUGGUAAUCCUCUUGAGUUUUCCGUUCUUCGAUUAGCUGUCUGUAUUCCAAAGCCUUGCACAACUGAAGAAGCUUUAUCUGGGCUUUUGUUCAACAUAACUUCCUUAGGAUUUAAGUAUGAAGAUGACUUCUGUAGACUGCCAGAUGACAAGCCAUGGGUACCUGCGGAUUUCACAGCUUUGGGGAUAUUUUCUUUGAUCGGGCUUCUGAGCUUUAUGAGUACCUACUAUGAAUUAAACCAUAUUUUCGCCCGAAACAGAGAUUCAAAAUCGGCAAAUAAAAUCUUCUGCAUGUUUUCCGUGUACAGUAAUACGAGACGCCUUUUAACUUUUACGUCCUCAUCCGGUGCAUUAGAAUGUAUAGACGGUGUCAGAGCUUUGGCUAUGUUAUGGGUACUUUUGGGACACAGUUUUUCAUCACAACCAUUCACUUAUAACGCUAUUGAGUCAUUUCAGUGGAUACUUUCCUACGAGGGUUUAUGGAUAACAGCCGGUCAUAUCACGGUUGACACUUUUUUUAUGCUGAGCGGUUUACUUGUAGUAUACACAACUGCUGGGAAGUUAACGUCAGUUGGACUACUCAAAAACAUCCACAAGUUUUAUUUAAAUCGCCUUCUACGUAUGUUUCCUAUUUUGGCUACGACCGCUUUGCUAGAAGCUUCUGUCUUCAACCGGAUCUCCGAUGGCCCAGUCUGGAAUACUAUUGUGUCACAAACGCAUAGGUGUAGGACUUUCUGGUGGUCGACUUUGUUGCACGUGCAGAAUUAUGUUAACUCUGAGAAUGUUUGUAUUGGCGCGACAUGGUACCUCGCUAUCGACGUCCAACUUCACUUACUCUCACCAAUAAUACUGGUGUGGGUGUUGAGUGGUAACAAAAGGAUUGCUUGGUCAGCAGUUAUAGCCGGUGUUGUUCUGUCACUCACAGCAGCAACUGUUUAUAAUUUUAUUAAGGAAUUCCCAACAGGAAUGAUUACAGCUGAGAGAGGUGAUGAAAUGAUGUACUACAUGGUAUAUUAUUACAUGAACACAUUAACCAGAGCACCCCCUUUCCUUGUCGGCAUGGUGUUUGGUUAUUUACUACAUACAUGCAGGGGAAAACCAGUCUUUAUAUCUACAAUUUUGAAUCUCACAUUAUGGGCGUUAUCAUUAUCGCUCCUCUUGUUAGUAUGUUACUGCACCUACCCGACAAUGCAGCCAGGCUGGGAUAACCAGACUGUGGACAGUUUGAUCAACUCUUUCAUGAGACCAGCGUGGGCUUUAGGAUUAGGCUGGGUUAUAUUCGCUUGUGUUCAUGGAUAUGGUGGUCCGAUAAACUGGCUUUUAUCUUUAAAGUUAUGGAAGUUACCCGCUCGACUGUCAUACGCUAUGUACAUAAUGCACUUUUCUCUGAUGGUCAUCUUCAAUUCUAGUAAUACAGCGCCGAUAUACUUUACCGUUCCUUACAUUUUAUUCCUCUUCUGUGGUUUCUUCGUCAUAACAUUUGUAGUGGCCAUAACCGUAACUGUGCUAAUUGACAUGCCGUUUUCUAUACUAUUCAAACUUUUAUUAGAUAAAGGAAAAAAAUCAACAAAAUCAGGUGACAGGAAUUUAUCCAAAAGUAGUACUAUGUUGCAAACAAUGAAACAGGAUGUCUUAAAUAAUGGUGUACAGAAAUUUGAUUAAAAGGUAGAAAUUUCAAUGCGAAAUAAUUAAUUGUACCUUGAAAGAAUUUAGAUAUCCGAUGAUGUGAAAGAAUAAUCUAAACUAUUUAUGACCGGUUUCCCAGUUACAUUUGACAAUUCAUAAGUAUUUUUGGUUGGAUAACUUCAUGAAAUGCGUUUUCGAACCACGUAACUCGAGUUUAACUCAUUUGAAACUUAGGUCAACCUAACACUAAUUGGUAAUUGCUAUGAUAUAUUAAAUGGAAUCUUCUCCAACCCAGCAUUAAAGAAAAAUAUAUUUUCAAUUAUCUAUUUUAUGUUACUGCGAAUUCUUGAAGUGAUAAUUUGUUCGCAAUUGAGAAAGGACAUGAUUGAAAUUUCAUUUGCAACAACUUGUUUGCGCUCAUUGGAACAGGAAGUUGACUACAUGAAUAUAACUGAAAAUCAGAACAAGAGUGUAGUUAUAGAGUGCAUCGAAUAAAAUUCAAGUGGAAUAAAAACCGAACUUGGUCCUCAAAAAACAUGGUCACGUUUCAGUCGGAUUAUAAAAAUGUUAUCUCAUUGGAAUUACAUCAAGAUUAAAUUUCUCUUUUUUUUUAAACUUUAUUAAAUGAUUGACAUUUAUAACUUUAUCUGAUUAUCUUUACUUAUUAUGUUGAUUAAAUUAAAUAAGUUGUGAUUGUGUAUGAUAAUACCAGUUUUAGUUUAUUUGUUUUUCUUUGGAUUAUCUAAGUAAUUAAUCAAAGUUGAUUUAAUCAGUUG